AUGCGCUUCGCCUGGACCGCGCUCCUGCUCGGGCCGCUGCAGCUCUGCGCACUCCUGCGCUGCGCCCAGCCGGCCGCAGGCCAGCAACAGCCCCCUCGCCAGCCGGCGGCAGCGGCUCCGGCCGCCUGGCGCCAGCGGAUCCAAUGGGAGAACAACGGGCAGGUGUUCAGCCUGCUGAGCCUGGGCUCGCAGUACCAGCCGCAGCGCCGACGGGACCCGGGCACCACCGCCCAGGGCGCUGCCGACGCCGCCGCCCCCCCGCAGCCGCGCACGCCGAUCCUGCUGCUCCGCAACCGCACGGCGGCGCCCCGGGAGCGGACCGCGGGCUCCUCGGGGGGCGCGGGCCGACCCAGACCCGCUGCUCGCCACUGGUUCCAAGCCGGCUACUCUCCGUCUGGGGCCCGCGACGCUGGGGACUCGCGCGACGGCAACCGGACGGAGCCAGGAGAGCGCCCGGCGCUCAGUAACCUGCAGCCGCCUAGCCGCGUAGAAGGCAUGGUGGGCGACGACCCGUACAACCCUUACAAGUACACCGACGACAACCCCUAUUACAACUACUAUGACACGUACGAAAGGCCCCGGCCCGGGAGCAGGUACCGGCCCGGAUACGGCACCGGCUACUUCCAGUACGGUCUUCCGGACCUGGUGCCAGACCCCUACUACAUCCAGGCUUCCACGUACGUGCAGAAGAUGUCCAUGUACAACCUGCGAUGUGCAGCGGAGGAGAACUGCUUGGCCAGCUCAGCAUACAGGGCAGAUGUCAGAGAUUAUGAUCACAGGGUGCUGCUGCGAUUCCCCCAGAGAGUGAAAAACCAAGGGACGUCAGAUUUCUUACCAAGCCGGCCAAGAUACUCCUGGGAAUGGCACAGCUGUCACCAACAUUACCACAGCAUGGAUGAAUUCAGCCACUAUGACCUACUCGAUGCCAGCACCCAGAGGAGGGUGGCGGAAGGCCACAAAGCAAGUUUCUGUCUGGAGGACACCUCCUGUGACUAUGGCUACCACAGGCGGUUUGCAUGUACCGCGCAUACACAGGGGUUGAGUCCUGGCUGCUAUGAUACCUACAAUGCAGACAUAGACUGCCAAUGGAUUGAUAUUACAGAUGUAAAACCAGGAAACUACAUUCUAAAGGUCAGCGUGAACCCCAGCUACCUGGUGCCGGAAUCAGACUAUUCUAACAAUGUUGUGCGCUGUGAAGUCCGCUACACGGGACACCACGCCUAUGCCUCGGGCUGCACCAUUUCACCGUGA